UGACAUUUUGUUGUUAUUAUGUCAUUACAGUCAUGCUCACUAUCUGGCCUACAGAUGUUUUGUUUCCUGGUGCUGGGGAAAGCACAACAGGGUUGUCAUACCUUCUUGUGUUGUGUACACAGGCUUUAAACCUCCCAUUUAAAUUUAAAAAGUCUUUUAUAUUGUAAUUGCUUGGUAAUGUGUUAUGUACACAGUUAUUUAUUCAAUACACUUUUAAUAAAUUUCAUAGAAGUCUUGGACAGCUGUCAAUCAGUUUUUGAGUAUGUUGACAUGGGUGUCCAACUUUUUUUAAAUGGAGGUUGGUGGGGCUCUAGUGCAGGGAUGGACUGAGGUAGGAGAUAGGCUGGAGGAAGACGAUGACAACUUUACAUGGGGAAAACAGUCUUGUCAAAUCUUUACUAUCAUGUUCAUAUAUCAUACAAUAAGUUGAUAAUGUAAUUAUCGUGACAGGCCUAAUGUAAUGUAUAUAUUACCAAAUAACAAAACUUUGAGUAAGGGCCAGAAUAGUACGGUGGAGAUGAUGACUCAUCAUCAGAAAACAUCUGAUUAGGAAAGGGGUUGUGGGUUUAGACGGGUGUUGAGUGGUGGGUAUGGUGAUGUGUUGGAGCUGUUCCCACCCCACCUGGACAGCUGAACCUGGACACAUGGCUAGCAAUUGCAUCUGAUUUCUCAGGUCGCUCAUACUGUAAGCACAGGAAUCCAGGAACAGCCACUGCAUUCAUCUCAGCCACAAAGGGUGAAGGGUCAUGGAUGACCUAGUUAAAGAGGAGGUCCGUAAGCUCAGUCAGAUACUCUAAAACACAGGACAGAGCACAUAACAUAGCAUAUAGUUCAUUCAUAUGGUCUCAACUGUUGACAAACAGAUUUCCAUCUCAGCUAAUCAAGACUAUUGAUUGGGGUAUAAAUCAAAGAAUGAAGACCUCUCCCCACAGACAUACAGUAUCCCUGUCUAAAACCAAACACAACAACAACACAGUCUUCCUCAUCUUUGUUAGCAGCUUCAGACUCCACCAGCCUACAUAGGAGCUGGGAGGCCAGUGAAAGGCUCACUCUGCAGCCUGCCUGGUAGCCCCCUAACAAGAUUAAGGUCCCGCUUGGUGUAACUCACUCUGAUGCGAUUUUCAUUUCUCUGGCCUGGUCCUUACGUUCCCCUCCGUCUAAUCCUUCACUAUUCUCACUGCCAUCCAUCGGCCAUGCUAAUCUGCUGGCAGGCUUUAGGAGGAGAGGCUUCCACACACAGACUCUCUUAUAAACACCAAGGGAAAGAGCUGGUUUUCACUGUAUGGGAGCACACACCAUCACAUAGUGUUUGUGGAUAGAAAGCUGGUGGGACCUGUGUGAUCACAUCUUAUCAGAGCUGCUCAUUCUCCAGUUUGCUGAGUCUUGGAUCUAACAGAUGUGAUGCUCCUGACAUGAGUGAAUGGCCCCUUAUAUAGCGGACAUGACAGCAGAGAAACCCCUUGGCCCAUGGGUAUCCAGCCCUGUGGGGGAGGUCAAGUUAAUGCCUGAACACGGGAUGGAGGUGGAACUCAACAGCUGCAACCAAGAAGUAACACACCAUCACACAGACACACCUACUGAGGAAUGUGCAGCAAUCACUGACAGUCUGUGCAGUGAAGAGCCGUUCUGUAGGAUCUGCCAUGAAGGCAGGGCCUCAGGGGAGCUGCUGUCGCCCUGCGAGUGCUCUGGUAGCCUGGCCAUGGUGCACCGUGCCUGCCUGGAGCACUGGCUCACUGCCUCCAACAGCAGCCACUGUGAACUCUGCCACCACCAGUUUGCACUGGAGCGCCUGCCAAAACCUCUCACUGAGUGGUUGUGUUCUCCAUCCAUGCAACAGCAGAGGAAGACGCUGUGUGGUGACGUAGUGUGUUUCUUGUUCAUCACACCACUCGCCAGCCUGUCAGGAUGGCUGUGUGUUCAGGGAGCCAUGGACCUCUACUACACCAACAGCAUGGAGGCCCUGGGGCUCCUGGUCCUCACACUGGCCCUCUUUACCAUAUACGUCUUCUGGACCGUGGUAUCUGUGCGCUACCACGUGCAUCUGUUCAAGACAUGGAAGAAGACUGACCAGAGAGUGCAACUGCAGAUUCCCUUGCCUGCCCACACCAACCAUAACCAACAGACCCUGUCCAUAAAUACCCUCGGCAAAGCUACCAACAAAGAGACUAUGGUGUAGACUACAGUCUACAAUACUAAACAUAACUCACAUAAGGGAGGAGGGGAACGAAGCUCAAUACACGUCCCAAUCCUGACAUAACAGCAGAGUUGAAGCCAGGGUUGGAAGACUCCUUCAAGAGCCGGAGGACUGUUACACCAGCCUCUGUAACCUUUUUCCUACCAAAUUUAUUGUGGAAACCAGUGUGCCAGGAACAAUUGCGUCAGUUGCAUGGAGCAAAUCUCAGACUUCUCACAACCCUUGAGUCUGUCUCACAGUGAUGAAAACUGACAUUUUGUGACCACAGUGACAGUCAGUAUCAUAAUUUCCUAAAGAAGACAAUGAAGAGCUCUGGACUAAUCUGAUGAUCCAGUUAUUUUUCCUCCUCAUGGAAUAAACUCAAGAUUACCAAUUGAUGACAAUCUGUUGCAACUUUGCAGUUCUAAUAUCUCCAAUGCAAAGUGCAUUUGACUUAUAAUAAUGAGAAGUGAUGCAUUAGCUCAGGCAAGUCAUCAGCUCAUCAGCUGACUCAUUUUUUCACACACUAACAAUUCAAUAAAUUUCUGCUCAUGCCACAGCUGA